AUGGUAUCAGCCAGUAUACCUUCCUCACCUGUAUCCACAAGGCAGUCACUUGACUCUGGCGCUGAAUCUUUGACUUUAUCUCGGGCUUCAACAAGAGGAGAUGUCCCUUUGAGCUGGUCUCUCGACAGAUACAGAAGCAGCCCAACGAUAUCCACACACUCAACUGGAUUUAAUGCACUAUCCACUGUAAUGAAUCACCCAAACAAGAGACCAAAAGCUUUACGUGCUUCUAGAUACCCUUUACCUGCAAUUCCCUCCGUUGAUUUCCGUUUACCUUCGUCGAGCGCUGUGGAUACCUAUUUGCACGAUAUUCAAGGCGAAUAUGAUGAAUUUAUCGAUAAUGUAGAGAAAUCCUCUGCCUCUACUUCUGCGCAACCAGAAACUGAGUUGCCAACCCUCGAAGAAGUUCCGCGGUUAUUCUUUAAACAAGACUUCGAUUUGGGAGACCCAUCCACGUUUGAUGCAGUAACUAAAAGCAUCGGUGAUUCUGUUGGUUUAGAUAAUCUCGAUUCUCCAGAAGAUAUCGGCAUCAAUGAGAUUUUACAUGCCCGGUUAGAACACCACGCUAAUGCUGUCGAUAAGAUCUUGGUACAUGAGUUAACUGAAAGAGCACCAUCGCUAUUCUCAGCAUUGGACAAUUUACAUCAUUUAGGAGAUUAUGCCAAAGAUGCGAUGGAUAAGUUUGUUGACUUGAAGGAAUCACUCGAGGAAAUUUCAAACAAUAAGUUACAGAUCAAGUUUGAUACUAUUAAUGGUAUUGUCAAAGGGCAGGAAGUGGAGGAUUUACUCACAGUGAUCUGCGACAUCGAAAACAUUAAUCAUGCUUUGCUAGCCCUGCAGCAAAUGACAGAGCUUGGACACUACUUUGACGCAUUAGAAUUAGUUGAAAACAUAUCAAAGACUGUUGUUGAAAACAUUAGAUCCAAGGAUGUCGAUAAUGUUCUCAAGAUCGAAUCAGAUACUGACUUCACUUCGCUCAGUGUCUUCGCAAAUGUUGCUUCCGAUCUUCAUAAGCAUACAAAUGCUAUCUUAGAAUACAUAUCAAAAGACCUGACGGAGUUACUAUUCAUUGACUACAUCAAAUCACUUAAGAGUUCCGAUCACAAUCACAGCGACUUGUCAAAGGACGUUGAACAAUCAAUUUGCGUGUUAGAUAGAGCUGACAUGCUAAGAAGUUCUCUUCAGUCAUAUGAAAACAAGUUGCUUAGACACGUACUUCAGUUCUUCUUCGAAUUACUACCUGCCGAUAUACAAUCAAAGCCGCUCGAUCUUGAAGUAAACUUUAAUGGCAGUUUGUAUGCUAGCCAGUUUGCUAAAGAGCUGCGACAGAUGCAGCAAAUUGAAUACUGUCGUUACCUAAACAAAUGUAGAGAACACCUCCACAUCAUUAAUUCCUCAAUUGUGGGACAAAAGGAGGUACUUGAGGGCAUUUCACAAAACGAGACUAUAACCACCAAGCUCUCUAGUUUAUCAGGUCAAAUCAUGGAAUUACUGUACUCAGAACUCGCUAGUCUAAUAAGACUGCGCAAAGACAUAGAAGCGGAAUUACCACUAAGCGAAUACCUUCAGUUUGACCAUGUAGUGUGGAAGCUUAUUAGUGAGACCGAAAUAGAUGGCAGCUCGUCGAACAGUGCAUUGUUCUUAUUACCAGCAGCAGCAUCAAAUCAAUUACAAGAGUUCUUAGAGCUAUUCCAUGCAAACUAUACCACACAAUCGGCUAAGCUGGUUGAAAUGGAAGUAUGGUCUCAGGCUGAAGUUACGCCACUGGUACAAAAAGUCAUCAAUACCAUCGUAAGAUCAGCUGUUGAAGAUAUUCCCGAGUUGUUACAAACCACACCCAUCAUAACCGAAGGAGAUGAGAAUCAUGAAAAUCAAAUCAACGUUGAAGGUUUGAAGUUUUACACUGUCGAAGCUCUCAAUAAGGUUCUUGUCUUGCUCAUUGAUUACCUUCGCAUUAUGCUUCAGGUACCUAAUUCUGCUACAGAGAUUAUGACCCGUAUGAUAGAAGUAUUGAAGCAAUUCAACUCCAGAACUUGCCAAGUUGUUUUAGGUGCAGGCGCAAUGAAAUCUGCUGGCUUAAAGAACAUCACGGCCAAACAUUUAGCACUCGCAUCUCAAUCGCUUUCUGUGAUGAUAUCACUCAUUCCAUACAUCAGAGAGGCUGUUAGAAGGCAGCUCAAAAGCAACCAAGCAACGCUUUUGAUUGAGUUUGAUAGGUUGAGAAGAGACUAUCAAGAGCAUCAAUAUGAAAUUCAUGCUAAGCUUGUGUCGAUUUUGGGUGAUCGCCUCACUGCACACUCUAAAUCUUUAGCUGCUACGAAGUUCGAAAAGACGAAGGAAGAAGAUAUAAAGAAACCUAAUUCAUACGCCGAAGGACUUGUGAAAGAGACGGCUACUUUGCAUAGAGUUUUAAACAAAUACUUACCAGAGGCUACCGUCAAGUUUGUGUUCAAACAGGUCUUUGACGCUAUAAAUAAGCGUAUUGGUGACUAUUAUCAGCGUCUUACUGUAAAAACAGAGCUUGGAAAAGAAAAACUGCUAACUGAUGCUCACUUUUUAUGCAAUCGCUUGAAUGCUUUACAGGGUACUGAUGAACUUGGUAGUUCGCUGAUAAGUGUGGCCGAAAGUCGUCAAGUUAGUAAGACGCCCACGGAAUCACCUAGACCAAGUAUUGCUACAGAAAACGAUACAGCUGAACGGCGAUCGUUGAGUUUUGACGUUCAGUCUCGGAAUACUACGGAGCUACAUCGUAUGACUAUCGGUGCAGUCAAUCAGGAUAUCAUUCCACAGAUCGACGAAGGAACAGAGCAGAAGAGAGUAACUGAAAACCAACAAGCUGAUGCCGACAAAUCAUUACCUGAAGUACCUCAAGAGAUGCUUCAGAGUGGCAGCCAAGAGGUAAAAUCAAGUGGUGAUGAAGAUAAGGCCAACCAAAAUCAAGAAACUGUUGAUGUUCAGCAAUGGGAGGGCGUUGAUGGACUUGAAAAUAAAGAUCUUGGCCUGCAAGAGAAUAAAGUUAACUGUCAGUCAAUUAUUGAAGAGGAAGUAAGGCACCAAGAAUACCAGCCUGAUCAGCCAGAAAAAAACCAUUCUGAGGUGAUGAUUCAGGCUCAAGGGGACGCACAACGGGAAAAUGAACAGGCUGUGAUUGACGACGGCGAAAAACGCCAAAGUACAGAAAAGCCGACUGACAAUGCGGACAAACCGCCAUCAUCGCAACAUAUCAAUCAGACAGAAGAAGAAGCCGGAAAUAAAGAACAUAUCGAAGAUAAAGAUCUUAUAUCUGGUGAAAAGGAAUGUGACACAUACGCCAUAAAACCUGGUGAAACCGAAGAAUCCGCUGCGUUUACGCCAAGUUCUGCUGUUAAAUCAGAAGCAGAAAAGUUUGCUAACGAGAAACUUGAAGAUACGGCUGUGGAUUCAGAGACUACUGAAGGAAAGAGUGAUAAGCAUAUCGACCAGGAAGAACAUCAUAGAACGGAAGCUGACGGGGAGAAAGUUGAUAAAAACCAAGACGCCUCACAUGUCAACAAUGAGAUCUUACCCGUAGCUUACUUAGAUGAGGAUCACAAAUCUGAUUCUGAUGUGAACGCCAAGAAGUCGGAUCAAGUCACCGAAGUGGGAGCAAAAAGUGACAAGCAGGAAAAGAGUGAAAGAGAGGGAGUUGAGAAGACCGACACAAGUGAAAGCGCACAACUCCAGCCAAAAGAAACCGCAGUUGAAAAUUCAAGUAAAACACCAUCAACAUCAAACAAAACAAAGACAAAGAAUCAGAAAAAGAAGAAUAAGAAGGGCAAAAAAUAA